UCCUCCUACGAGUUACAACCCCACUAGUACCACCGCUCUCUAUUCUUUAAGCUCACUCACAAGCUUAGCGCUCCUCCAACCCCUUCACCUUCUUCUUCUCUCUCUACCAUUACAGAUCAACAAUGGGGAAACCCACUUGUCUAACCCUACAUUUCACUUUUUUCUUCUUUUUUCUUUGUUUCUAUCUUACCAGAGCUUCUACAACCCCAGAUUUAGAACAUCUAAUGAAGUUCAAGGCCGAAUCCGACAUAGCCAACAAGCUUACCGAUUGGAAUAAGACUACUGACCCAUGCACCUGGAAUGGUGUUUUCUGCAUCAAAAACAGAGUUUCGCGUCUUGUUCUUGAAAAUCUUGAUCUCCAUGGCUCUUUUCAACCUCUAACAUCUCUUACUCAGCUUCGAGUACUUAGUCUUAAAGGAAACGGCUUUUCAGGUCAGCUACCGGACCUAUCUAACCUCACAGCUUUGAAACUUCUAUUUCUAUCUCACAAUAACUUCUCCGGUAAUUUCCCACUGUCUGUGGUAUCUCUCUUUCGACUUUACCGUUUGGAUCUAUCUUACAAUAACUUUUCUGGUAAUAUUCCGGACACACUCAACCGUUUGACCCACUUGUUGACUCUUCGACUUGAAGAGAACCGGUUUACCGGCUCCAUUACCGGUUUAAAUGUCCCUACUUUGCAGGAUUUUAAUGUUUCCGGUAACCAACUUUCGGGUCAAAUACCCAGAUCAUUAUCGGGUUUCCCUGCAUCCUCUUUUGUUCAAAACUCUGGUCUUUGCGGAUCCCCAAUGCAGACCUGUAAAGAUAUUUUAUCGGACCCGACAAAACCGGGAUCCACCGGAGCUAUUGCCUCUCCAGUUCUACCAGGAAGUAACCCAACGACCGUAGUAUCAUCAUCUCCAAGCUCAAUACCGCCGAACAAAGCAGCAGCCGCUGCAACCACCACCACCACCCACAACAAAACAGCCAAAAUAAGCCCAUUAGCACUAAUCGCCAUUAUACUAGGCGACGUCUUAGUAUUAUCCAUUGUCUCUCUUCUCCUCUACUGUUAUUUCUGGAGAAACUACGCAGCCAAAAUGCGAGACGGGAAGGGGUCGAAGCUUUUAGAAACGGAGAAAAUCGUUUACUCUUCAAGCCCUUAUCCAAACCAACCGGGUUUCGAGAGGGGUAAAAUGGUCUUUUUCGAAGGGGUAAAGAGGUUCGAAUUAGAAGAUUUGCUAAGAGCGUCGGCAGAGAUGUUAGGAAAAGGUGGGUUUGGAACGGCGUACAAAGCGGUUCUGGACGACGGAAAUGUGGUGGCGGUAAAAAGACUAAAAGAUGCAAAUAUAGGAGGGAAAAGAGAGUUUGAGCAGCAGAUGGAAGUUCUUGGAAGAUUGAGACAUCCUAAUUUGGUUAGCUUGAAAGCUUAUUAUUUUGCAAGAGAAGAAAAGCUUUUGGUCUAUGAUUACAUGCCUAAUUGUAGCUUGUUUUGGCUGCUCCACGGUAACAGAGGACCAGGAAGAACUCCACUAGAUUGGACCACAAGGCUGAAGAUAGCAGCAGGAGCAGCCCGGGGGCUAGCUUUUAUCCACAAUUCAUGCAAGUCACUUAAACUCACCCAUGGUAACAUCAAAUCUACAAACAUCCUCCUUGACAAAUCCGGCAAUGCACGUGUCUCCGACUUUGGCCUCUCUCUCUUUGCAUCUCCAACCGCCUCCGCCCCAAGAUCUAACGGCUACCGAGCUCCUGAAUUAUCACCCGACGGUCGGAAACCAACCCAGAAGUCCGACGUGUACUCUUUUGGAGUCCUGUUGUUGGAGUUGUUAACGGGGAAAUGCCCUUCUAUAGUUGACUGUGGUGGGACCGGAAGUGGAUAUGGUGGGGUCGUGGACUUGCCUAGGUGGGUCCAGUCUGUGGUGAGGGAAGAAUGGACGGCCGAGGUGUUUGAUUUGGAGCUAAUGAGGUAUAAGGACAUUGAAGAGGAGAUGGUGGCGUUGCUGCAAAUUGCAAUGACUUGUACAUCUCCUCCGCCUGAUCAACGGCCAAGGAUGAACCACGUAGUGAAGAUGAUUGAGGACAUACGUGGGGUCGAAGUGUCGCCGUGUCAUGAGACCUUUGACUCGGUGUCGGAUUCGCCUUGUAUGUCGGAAGACACGUGUGGAGCUAGCCAGUGAAGACGUGGAGUUUAUUUAAUUAUAAACUGUUGAGAUUUGGUGUAAAUGAAGGUGGGAUUUACUGUUUCCUGCUUUAUUAUUUGAUGAGAUCUUUAACUUUAACCACAGUUUCUUUAUUUAUUUUCUCUCUUUUUUCUUUUU